CAUCCGGGAGCGCGCGAGUGUCUCGUGAUGAUCACCGGAAAUAAACUAACUGCAAGAGUUGCGAGAGAAACGGAAAAUAAACAGCGAUAAAAUGAACUAAAAACAGAUUUAAACAUUAAAAACAACUAAAGAAGAAAAGAAAACUCUAAAGGAGAGAAUCAUACAGCAGAUAUACAGUCAGGAUUUAAGAUGUGUCGCUGUAGUUUAACAGAUAUCACUGAAUCAACUCUAUGAUUGACUGACAGGAUCAGAUACGGAUAUGUGGUGGUUUCAGGAAGGUUUGUGUGCUUUACCCGUGGCGUUGGUGGUGUGGACCUCUGCCACCUUCAUCUUUGCUUACAUCACAGCUGUUGUACUGAGACAUGUGGAUCCUCUGGUACCUUACAUCAGUGAUACAGGAAGUGUUGCUCCAGAGAGAUGUGUGUUUGGAAUCAUGCUGAACGUCUCUGCGUUUUUAGGUGUCGCUACGAUGUAUGUGCGCUAUAAGCAGCUUCAGGCCCUGAUUGAUAAUACUGACACUCGUCUGCAUCGUCUCAAUGGAGUGGGCUUUGUGUUGGGUUGUGGUAGCUGUUUUGGCAUGUGUGUAGUCGCAAACUUUCAGAAAACCACACUGUUCGCGAUGCAUCUGGUGGGCGCUGUGCUGACGUUUGGUGUUGGUGCAUUAUACAUCUUUGUCCAGACAAUACUGUCCUACUACAUGCAGCCACACAUCCAUAGUAAAACCAUGUUCUGGACCCGUCUGAGUGUGGGGCUGUGGACUUUAGCCAGUAUUAUCAGUAUGUUUGUGUCGUCUGUUAUCAUGUACAGCAUAUUAGCUGGAGUAGAAGUCAACAAGAAGUUACACUGGACUCCUGGAGAACCCGGUUACACACCUCACAUCAUCAGCACGAUCUCUGAAUGGUCUCUGGCUCUGUCUUUCGUCAGCUUCUUUCUCACGUACAUCAGAGACUUUAAGAAGAUCAAUCUGAGAGCAGAGGCGAAGCUUCACAGUGAUCAUCUGUACCCCACACCCCGCGCCCCCACAGAGACGUCACCACUGCUGGCCGGGAGCAUCUGAGACUCUGAAGCUCCAGCAGAUGGCAGCAACGCUCAGGGUUUAUACAGAUACUUCAUACUAACACACGUGUGUGAUUGACAGCAUUAUCACACCACAUGUUGAGUCAUAUGCAUUUAUGCACUUAUGUUUAAGUUCACACUAGUUAAAUAUAAUUGCACAUGACUCAAGUUCAUAGUACUCAAAUGUAUGUGUUUAAAACUUAAAAUGGUUUAAUGCAACCGGUUUCCUUAAUGGUUUGAGUUAACUUUUAUGUUUUACGGUGGCAGGAUCUGAGUUUAUACUUACAAUUCUGAAUAUUCAUUGCUUUCUUUUAUAUGACAAUAUUAAUGCUUAUGAACUCUUUUUUUUUUUUCUUUUUGUAGAUGAUAAACACACAUUGUUCUUAUUUUUUAAGAGAGAAAUGAAAGCCUAUAUUACUGAUCGCUCAUUACUGUAAUGCAGAAGAUGUUAUUUUUAUUAAAGUGUUUAUAAAGAUCUGUAUAAAUGUUACAGUCAUGCUAAUGGCUCUAAAGCAUUUAAUUUUCAUAAUAAAACAUCAUAUCUCA